UUUGUAGGGUUCCUCCAACGUUCACUAUCGUCUCUCUCUCUCUCUCUCUCUCUCUCUCUCUUCCACUGUGAAACUCAAAACUCAAAAAAAGAAAAAAAAAAGAAAAAAGAAAAAAGAAAAAAAAACUUCGUACCAAUUUCUCCCUCUCUUCUUCUCCGGCGAACCAAAUCCCUUAAUCCUCAUCGGAGCAUCGUAGAUUUCCUCUACUAAUCGGGGAGGGGUUUGAGUUCAAAUCAUGUCGCUUAGACCCAACGAGAGGGCUGAGGUUCGGCGGAACCGGUACAAGGUUGCGGUGGAUGCUGAUGAAGGUCGGAGAAGAAGGGAGGAUAAUAUGGUUGAGAUUCGGAAGAAUCGAAGAGAGGAGAGUCUGCAGAAGAAAAGGCGUGAGGGUCUUCAAGCCCAGCAACUCCAAACUUCCACUCACUCAUCGGCAGUAGAAAAGAAGUUGGAACAUCUUCCUUCCAUGGUUGCGGGUGUUUGGUCUGAUGAUGGUAGUCUGCAACUUGAAUCCACUACUCAGUUUAGGAAACUUCUUUCGAUUGAGCGUAGUCCCCCAAUUGAAGAAGUUAUACAGGCAGGAGUUGUUCCUCGUUUUGUUGAAUUUCUAAUGAGAGAGGAUUUUCCACAACUUCAGUUUGAAGCUGCUUGGGCUCUUACGAAUAUUGCUUCGGGAACAUCAGAAAACACUAAGGUGGUCAUCGAUCAUGGUGCUGUGCCAAUAUUUGUUAAGCUUCUUGGUUCUCCAAGUGAUGAUGUCCGGGAGCAGGCUGUAUGGGCAUUAGGAAAUGUUGCUGGGGACUCCUCAAGAUGUCGUGAUUUGGUUUUAGGUAAUGGAGCAUUGCUUCCUUUAUUAGCACAGUUGAACGAGCAAGCUAAGCUUUCUAUGCUGAGAAAUGCUACCUGGACACUAUCAAAUUUCUGCAGGGGCAAGCCACAACCUGCUUUUGAUCUGGUCAAACCAGCACUUCCAGCUCUUGCUCGUCUUAUACAUUCAAAUGAUGAAGAAGUUUUGACUGAUGCUUGCUGGGCACUUUCAUACCUUUCUGAUGGUACAAACGACAAAAUUCAAGCUGUUAUUGAGGCAGGUGUUUGCCCUCGUCUCGUCGAGCUCUUAAUGCAUCCUGCUCCUUCUGUGCUUAUUCCUGCCCUUCGAACUGUUGGAAACAUUGUUACUGGUGAUGAUUUGCAAACUCAGGUUAUUAUCCAACAUAAUGCCCUACCUUGCCUGCUAAAUUUAUUGACUAAUAAUCAUAAGAAGAGCAUCAAGAAAGAAGCUUGCUGGACUAUAUCUAAUAUAACGGCUGGGAACAAGGCGCAAAUUCAGGCUGUUAUAGAUGCCAAUAUAGUUGCUCCCCUUGUUCAUCUGCUCCAAAAUGCCGAAUUUGAUAUUAAGAAAGAGGCUGCAUGGGCAAUCUCAAAUGCCACAUCUGGAGGCUCUCAUGAUCAGAUAAAGUACCUAGUAAAUCAAGGGUGUAUCAAACCUCUGUGCGAUCUUCUAAUUUGCCCUGAUCCUAGGAUUGUCACGGUUUGUUUAGAAGGGCUCGAAAAUAUCUUGAAGGUAGGAGAAGCUGAAAAGAACACAACUGAUACAGGAGGAGUUAAUCUUUAUGCUCAAUUGAUUGAUGAUGCUGAGGGGCUAGAGAAAAUUGAGAAUCUACAGAGUCAUGACAACACUGAAAUUUAUGAGAAGGCAGUGAAGAUCCUCGAGACUUACUGGUUGGAAGAGGAAGAUGAGACUAUGCCACCGGGUACUGCUCCCCAAGGAGGAUUCAAUUUUGGUGGCGAUCGACCCGUCGUACCAUCCGGGGGAUUCAACUUUGGCUGAGAAGGCUUUCUCCGAGGCUAUUUCGACCACAUCUCCAGUCACAUCGGGUCAGGUCAGGCGUGUUAUGUCGUUGUUUGCCUUUGCUUAUCCCAGUCUCAGUUAUAUUUUAGCGUGUUGGUUGACUGGGUUGAAUGCUUUUUACAUGAGUUUGGGAUUGACUGGUGAUGAGACAGUGGAAUAUAUAUACACUAUAUCAAUUGGUAAUAUAGUUUCCACAGAUCUGAGAAAUCAGAGCGAUUUCGUUUGGGCAAACUGUGAUUUUUUAUUGUUUUUUCUUAGUUGGUCUACUUGUCAGAAACAUGGAGUCUAAGCAUUGUUUGUUCCCUCCCUUUUUACGUCAUUACGCUUCUAUAUUUUUUUUGUUCAUAGUUUUUUCCAUAGAGCAACUUUUAGAUUUAUAGCAGAUACCAUUUUGGCUA